AACACUCUCUCCGGACAGCUGCUGUCAUUCGGAAGAGUACUGUCACCGGCGGUUGACCUUCGACGAGAAGACACAGUUGAGAAAAGGAAUUCCUUUAACCAAUAUAUUUCAUCAAGAGAAGAGGUAGCCAAUCUUCGUAAUCCAACGCAAGUGGUUAGGGGGUGACUAGUAGGCUAUGGGAGCAUUAUGCUUUCCCGAAAAGGACUGAUCCCGGACGACUACUUGCUUACCCGCUUGGCUGAGGAUGUCCAGCAGCCUAAAUUCAAGGCGUCAAAAGCGCGGAAAGCUCGUUUCGUCGCCAAAAACGGAACCUGUAAUGUGGCCCACACCAACAUUCGCGAACAGGGACGGUUCCUACAGGAUGUUUUCACCACUUUAGUGGAUCUAAAAUGGCUUCACACGCUUAUAAUUUUCACUAUGUCAUUUCUGUGCAGCUGGCUGCUGUUUGCAAUGAUUUGGUGGCUCAUUGCCUUUGCGCACGGCGACCUGGAUCAAAAGGGUGACGACUUUGUCCCGUGCGUGACGGACAUCCACUCCUUCUCAUCUGCGUUCCUUUUCUCCAUAGAGGUACAGGUGACCAUCGGGUUCGGGGGGCGCAUGGUCACAGAGGAAUGCUUGUCUGCCAUAGUAGUCCUUAUCAUUCAGAACAUCGUGGGUUUGCUGAUUAACGCCAUAAUGCUGGGGUGUAUCUUUAUGAAGACGGCCCAGGCCAACCGGCGCGCCGAAACGCUGAUCUUCAGCAAGCACGCCGUCAUCUCCAUCCGAAAUAACAAACUGUGCUUUAUGAUCCGUUUAGGGGACCUGCGGAAGAGCAUGAUCAUCAGUGCCACCGUACGGAUGCAGGUGGUAAGGCGCACCACCACUUCGGAGGGCGAGGUGGUCCCCCUGGACCAGAUAGACAUUCACAUGGACAACCCCGUGGGGACCAACGGUAUUUUCCUGGUGGUUCCUCUCAUCAUAUGCCACGUUAUUGACAAAGACAGCCCGCUCUACGAGCUAUCGCCAUUGGAUUUACAAAAUAAUGAUAUCGAGGUGGUAGUGGUGCUGGAGGGGGUGGUGGAGACCACGGGGAUAACAACCCAGGCCCGUACAUCCUACCUGUCUGAGGAGAUACUGUGGGGACAGCGCUUUGUGCCCACUAUAUCCGAGGAGGAGGGCAUGUAUGCGGUGGACUAUUCUAAAUUCGGUAACACAGUUAGAGUAGCGACACCCAGCUGCAGUGCCAAGAAACUGGAUGAGAAGGGAGGUAUCGCCAGGUUUAAACUGCAAGAGCACGCUACCCCGCGGCCGUCGGUGAGAAGGCGGCGGCUCUCACUACGCAUGAAGCAAUACAGCACCAUCAGCCCACUAGCCUAAAUAGCCUACUUUUACAGGUAUAAAGGAGUUGUCAUUGCAUUUUGUAUAUGAACGUAAUAGAUUUUUAUUACCUAUUGAAUUUUAAUGGAUAACUUUGUAAUACUACAGAAAUUAAAUGUUUAUGUUAUAGCAGUGUUAUUACUCUGUUCCAUGGCACCCACGGGGUGUGCAGGCCUUUUUCUUGCCCAGUCCUAACACCUGCUUCAACCAAAGACGUGAUUAGAAGUAGCGUGCAUCAUGGAUAAAAAUCACUGCGGAAGCCAGAAAAAAAAUCGAUAACCUGCUAGUUCAUAUGCCUUGCGACCGUGAUACAACCAUGGAGAUAUAUUGCAAGUUGCAAAGAAAACGAGCUGCCUCCGCUAUUCCAGCACCAUUUCAACAUCAUCAAAACACCUCUGCUUAGUCUAAUAGAGUGACAACCAAAAACAAUUUAGUCCAAUCAACGUAAGCUAAAUAUGUGGCUGGCCAUGGUUCUGAUUUGUGUGUGUGCGCAAGCGGAAAAAACGUUGGGUAAACCUACCUGUAGAGUAAUUGAGUACCGUAGUCAUAAUAUCCAUAAAACCUAGCAGUCAAGCAAGGAAAUGGUUCCAAUCGUUUUUCCACCAUUUUUCCCAUUGUGGAUUUUAGAAACACUUAAAAUAAGGGCUGUGCUUUGUGUAGGCUUACCCAGGAGUGACAUUUUGAUAACUGUAAAUCUCUCUAGGACAAGGUGACUUUUAUCAAAAUAUGUUCCUGUAUUUACCCCACAAAAAUAAAAUACUAAUUAGCUGAUGUGUCUAUCAGAAAGAACUACAAAUGCAAUGAGACUGCCGAAUCAAGGCAAAGAAUCUGGAUUAACUAUGUAAUGUUAGGUAAAUGUAGUAAUUAAUAAAUUGGCAACAUGUCUUUAAAUUGACAAUUCUGUCAACUGUGUUGUGCAAGUUUUAAAUUGGCACAAUACCUGUUAGUAAAACUGUCAGCCAGAGGUGACGUGCAGGAUCUUGCAGGGAUUCUUGCUUGAGAAAUGAAUCUUUGCUAAGAAGCCAUUUUUGUUUCUUUUUUACUAUUUUAUAUGAACAUAAUCACAGUAAGGUGCUUACUUGUUACGGCAAAAUUUGAAAUCAAGAUAAAAAUGUCUGCACUGGAACUUUAAAUAAAUAGAAUGGUUAAAUUAGCAUUAUUUAGAGCCCCCAGAUAGACUUUUGUUGCAUUUACAGCUGCAAUAUGUAACUUUCACAUAGAAAUACAAGUUAUAGAUCUGUCACUCAUUGAAAGCAAUUCUAAGUGGUGCAGUGCACCUUUAAUGGGGCUCACACACACUCCCCCCUGUAAUUCAUACUCAGCGCUGGACCAGAAGAAAAACCUUCACAGCCUGUGGGUAUAGUAAAGACCAGGAUCAAAGAACACUGUAUUUUGUAGCCCAAUUGCUCUAUUAUAGACUGCAAUGUGAAUGCGACUUUACCUGAAGCAUUAGGUGAUUUUAGGUGCCUGAAUGUCUUGUUUUAGCAAUCCCACAAUAUGCACGUAUCAAAUACAUUCUUUAUCAGGGUCCGAAAUGAAAACAUAUGCACAUGUAUGACAGAAUGCAGUUUGAUAGAUUUAUAACAUUAUGCAAAGUUAUGCAAGUACUGUAUCCAGUUCGGAGGCAGAGGCCAGUGUGUGUGUACUGGUGCCCAACACCCCCACUGAAGAACGAGCCUCCAGCAUGCUUUCCAUCUGGCACUGCAUUAAAACCAGUAGAACUGACACUGUGGCCCUUGAGGACUUCAGCACCGCUGAUCUACAUAAUGAUGCUCUUGUAUGGUAAAAAUCACUAUGGUUUUUGAUAGUGUUUAUGCAAAGCUUGACUUCGGCAAUAAAGAGGAAAUGCCUGUUGA